AUGCUGCAGGCCGUGACAAUGUCCGUAUUUUUCACGAUUUUCGUCGUAUUCGGAUUGAUCCAUGCAUAUGCCAUCGAUGCAAGCGAAACCAUGAUGCAGGUGGCUAAGAACAACAUAGUGUACGAUGAGUUCUACGUCCUGGUAUUCGUUCUGAUGGUGGUGUUCGCCAGCUUGGUCGGCCGAAAUUGCAAUCGAGUGAAAACGCCGACACACAAGGCCAUUUGCUAUGGUUCUUAUGGUCAACGGAUCUUCAGAGAGUUGCGGUGUUUUUCCCAACAGUUGGAACAUCAUACACCGAAGAUCAACUGUGGAAUGCUGGAUCUUGACUGGACGCUGUUUUACUCGGUUGCCGGAACGUUUACAACAUACCUGGUAAUAUUGUUGCAGUUCGACGUUGGCAGUUUAGGAUUUCGUCAUCAAAAUGAGACGUGAAUUUGUGCAAGAAGGAAAGGGUCCGACGAUCAGGCAUAGGGUUUCGAGCAAGGGGUGAAUAUGUAUGACGAGUGACCUUAGAAUGCUUUGCGAACGUAAUGGUAUCCAUCCGAACAUUCACUCGUUUUACGUUAUUGUCUUGGCUUCUAAAUGCUUCCAUGAGUUCCACUUGAAAAUUUCUCUUGUAUUCUUCCCGAAAUUAUUCCAGAGACUUCUUCCGGAAUGCUCCCAAGGAUUCCUCACGGGACACUUCCACGAAUUUCUGCCAAGCAUUACUCCUGAUAUUUUUUCCACGAUUUCUUUAUCUAUUCCACGGGUUCUUUCCAGACUUAUUUAUGAUAUUCCUAACCGGAAUCCUUCAGGCAAUUUUUAACGAUUUUUCUCCAGGACCAGGAAUUAUUUCAGAGACUUCAUGCCCAAAUUCCGAAAUUCUUUCAGAAAAAAGAUUUCUCUUGUAAUUUUUCCAAGUUUGAAAACCUUUGGAUUUUCUUACAAAGAUUCUAAGAUACCUUCCGAAACUCUUCCA